AUGACGCCAUGGAACAGUCGUCAAACCCUAAGAACUAGGAGACAACUGACAGGAGAGUCAGUUGGCGAAUACCAACGCCAUCUCCGCGUAUUAGCCCACAAAGCUUUUGCAGACUCCAGCCUCACUGAUCUGGAAACAAAGAUUCUAGACAUCUUUCUAGAAGGCGUAGCUAGUGAUGAGGUAAGGCGCGAGUUCGCUCGGAACACACCAGCCACCAUCAAAAAGGCUCUAGAGUACGCCCAGCAAGAGGAAGCGGCCUUCCUUGCCGUGCCCCAACGUGAUGCUGCCCCACCGAUGACUCGCGACAUAUUCGGUCCCCGGCCUCCACCGUUAGUUAGUGUCUAUGCCACGAAGCCGUGCCAAACCCGCGAGAUUGGCACCCAGACGGCU